AAUGUCAUUUUAAAAUUACUGUUAAGAGAAUUCUCAUUCUAACCUUUAUUUUUGAUUUGUAAAGUUGGUGCAAAGACAUCUCAACGCAAGUUAUCGUUGUGCUGUUUACACAAUACUAAAUCAUAAAAUGUAUUUGAGAUACUAUUUAAAUGAUAAUGGUGACAGACAAUAUACUCUCUCACCUGUAGACCCAAAUGGGAAACCGACGCUGUCAGCUCAUCCAGCACGCUUCUCACCAGAAGACAAAUAUUCUCGUCAAAGAAUAACUAUUAAGAAAAGAUUUGGCUUAUUGUUAACUCAACAACCGGAGCCAAUUCAAUGAAGCUUUAAAUUGUAUAAUGACUUUUUUUUUUAAGUUAAGUAUAGAAAUUAUUUAAUAUCC